GCGUAAGUAGUCGAUCGUCGAUCGCUCAACACGAAGCCAGGCGAAGGUAGAAGAUCCCGGAGCGAUUAGAUGGCGGCUGAGCGGGAGGGGGGCGGACGACCACGAUGGAGCGACAAGCGGCGUAGUUUCAUCUGGACUCCGAGUGGCUUUAAAACUUCAUCAUCUUACGUUCAGUAACCGAGGACGGAGCGGCACGGCACGAUAUGCAGUCAUGAAGCGGGUUCGCACUGAGCAGAUCCAGUACGCCGUGGCUCAGUACCUGAAGAGGAGGCAGUAUGUGGACACGGACGGGUCCCUGAAAGGAGCCAAACUCUUCCAGUCAGCGGAGGAGAUGGCUGCCAGCCUCACAGUGCAGACAGAGUCGGGUUGUGCCAACAUCGUCUCUGCUGCCCCCUGUCAGUCUGACCCGCUGCAGUAUGAGGCUCAGUACUCGAGGCUGCGCUCCUUCCUCUCAGAAACAGAGAUAUCCUGGGCGAAGGAGGUGAGCAGCAUCCUCUACCCGCUCUUCGUCUACCUCCACCUGGACAUGGUGCGCUCUGGCCUGAAGGGGGCGGUGGAUGGUUUUUACAGUCGUUUCCACGGCGCCUUUCUCCAGGACGGCGAGCAGCGAGCCACCAUCGAGCAGCUCCGCCACGUGCUCACCGCUCAGGAUGUCGCAGCCAACCCCAAGCUGAGCGCCUUCUUGGAGCACAAGUACGUGGUUCACCUGACGGAGCCGGCCUACAGCUACCUGCUGCGUUACCUGCAGAGCGAGGACAACAGCGCCCUCUGCAGGGCCCUCAGCACGCACCUGCAGGUGGAGGUCACCGCCUCCCGACGCACAGACUACCAGCUGUACGGAGCAGCGAGCGGGGCAACUGCCGCCCCAAACUCCACCUCCUCCUGGGCGGGAGUGGACGGGGCGGAGGGCGGGGAGGGCGUGGAGGUGCCUGCGGGGAUCCCACAGAGCGAGGCGGCCCUGGAGGCUCUGCAGGACUGCAUCAAGAAAGUCCGCGAGGGCCCCCCCUCGCUCACCACGGUGUGUUUUUACGCCUUCCACCACACGGAGCAGAUGCUGAACACCGCCGAGGUGUCGGCCGACAGCCGGCUGCUGGCCGCCGGCUUCGACAGCUCCACGGUGAAGCUGUGGAGCCUCCGAGCCAGAAAGCUGAAGGCCAGACCGCAUCAGGCCGACGUGUCGCGCAUCCACCUGGCCUGUGACGUCCUGGAGGAGGAGGUGGACGAGGAGGACGUCUCCGGCAGCGAGAUAAAGACGCUGCGAGGUCACAGUGGCCCCGUGUUUCGUACGUCCUUCCUGACCGACAGCUCGGGCCUGCUCUCCUGCUCCGAGGACACCACCGUCCGGUACUGGGACCUGGGCAGCUUCACCAACACGGCGCUGUACCGGGGCCACGCCUACCCGGUGUGGGACGUGGACGUCAGCCCCUGCAGCCUUUACUUCGCCAGCGGCUCCCACGACCGCACCGCCCGCCUCUGGACGUUCUCCCGCACCUACUCGCUGCGGCUCUACGCCGGACACCUCGCCGACGUCGACUGCGUCAAGUUCCACCCGAACUCCAACUACCUGGCCACCGGCUCCACAGACAAGACUGUCCGGCUGUGGAGCACCCAGCAGGGGGCGUCUGUCCGCCUGUUCACCGGCCACCGCGGCCCCGUGCUGUCGCUCGCUUUCUCACCUAACGGGAAGUACCUGGCGUCCGCCGGCGAGGACCAGCGGGUGAAGCUGUGGGACCUGGCAUCAGGGACGUUGUUCAAAGACUUGCGGGGACACACGGACAGCGUCACCAGCCUGUCCUUCAGCCCGGACAGCAGCCUGGUGGCGUCCUCAUCUAUGGACAACUCAGUCCGGGUGUGGGACAUCCGCAACUCCCACGGCGGGACGCCGGCCGACGGCUCGUCCAGCGAACUGGUGGGACUGUACACUGGAAACACCAGCAACGUGCUGAACGUCCAGUUCAUGGCGUGCAACCUGCUGCUGGUGACGGGAACGGCACAAGAGAAAGCAGAACAGUAGCCACAGACGUCUGGAUUUUGUGUUUAUGUUUGUUUAAAAAUGUCAGUCCGUUGUUUUCCUCCUUAAACAUCACCACCUGCUCAGGAGCCUGACUUUUGUUUUCAUCAUUAGCUCUCGGCGUAGAAAAGAAGCAACAUUAAAUAUCUUGUUUUUGUUAUCUCAGGCUCCAAAAACCAGUUUUGAUCUUCAUUUAUAGACGAAUGAUCUUCUUCUCCUCGGUGGUGUUAAGUCUUCAGUAUUAAAGAAUUUCUCAGUUUCUCUUUUAGCUGAUGAUUAAAAAGUGUAAAGUUCUGGUGCCUUUGUGGUUGAAAACUGUUUACUCUGCGGUCAUGCACAAGAUUGAUGAUCUGUAAAAGCUGCAGCGUUUGGAAAAUAUUGUUCCUGUUGGAUAAAAAAGACAGCAGCUGAAAAAAGAAGAAGUUGUUGUUGUACCCAAACAGAAAAUGAAAUGUUUAUAUUUUGAACUGAAACAUAA